UCUACCUCUUUCACCCACAACAGACACACAGAGCGGAUGGCACAUCAAGAGGAUUUCUGAACAUCUGUUCAACAGCGUUCUUUAUAUCCUGCAGUCUGCCAUGUGCUUUGGCCUGUUAGAGAAUAGUCACCAGGAAUCGUCAUUUUUGCCACAGUGGGAUAUCUCUACCUACUAGAACAGCUUUGUGAUUUCCUGGGUAUCUUGACAGGAAGAUGGCGCCACUGUGUUUCUUUUUUUGGGAGAAUGGUUUGUCAAUGCUCCUUGUAUACUGACUGAAGCCUGGCUUACUGUAGAUAGCUGUAUUUACACAGUUUAGUUGAAAUCAGAUUUAAAGAAUGUAUUUAAUUGUCAGUAAUGUCGGUGAGGACUUUUUAUCCCAGGAAUAGACACAUUGAGCAGAAGCUUCUGGAUGUGGAGGCAGGAAAGUCUAACAGGGAGGAAGAUGAAGACAAAGACAUAGAUUGCUUCAAGCCGUUAUCCCGCUGUCCAGCUUGCAACCAGGAGCAUGACAUAGUUCUGAUCCUGCCAUGCUCUCACUCCAUGUGCGGUCACUGUAUAGCAGCUGGAGAGGGAAUAAGGUCAGGUCAGUCUCAGCACCGCACUGUCGGCCUUCCUGUCUGCUCUGCUCUGUGCCCAAGCUGUCGACAUCCUGUGGAGCUGCCUUGCUGGACCUGGUCAUCUGCUACUUCCUGUCUCCCAAAACAUCCCAACCUCACUCCUUCAUGUGUCAGCAGGAAGGCAGGCACCACGGAGGGAGCAUCUGAAGACAACCUUCAACAUGUGCAGGGGGACACAUGCUGCCUGGGUGAAGGUGACACGACAGCACAGAGCAGUUUACAUGGCUCCAAUGCUGCCAGUUCCUCAAUAGCACCAGUGGAUGGCGGUGUAGACCUGCAAGAGGGAGAGAUGGAGCGGUCUGUCUUUGGACUUUGUUUUGCUCUGGACCCUUCAACCGUCCCUCCAUCCCUCCAUCUUUCCCACUCCUCCCUAACCGUCACCUACCAAGGAGGGAGCCCUACUGGACCAACUCCAGACAACAAGGUCGGGAGAUCAAUGAAAUCUGACGCCGAGGCUAUGCUUGCCCUCCCCCAGGUCUGCGCUGACGUUGUCAUUGCAAGAGGACAGUAUUACUGGGAGGUGGAUGUCUGUAACAGCUCUGUCUACAGGAUUGGUGUGAGCGCACUGGAGGGUUCUGCCGGCUGGUGGCUCCAAAGGCAGGGUUUGUCUUUCUGUGCAGUGUAUGAUGGGAGCUGGGAGCCCCUCUGCACUGUCCCGCCUCAGAUCAAAACCCUUGGGGUAUUCCUCAACAUUGGUGGGGGUAUCCUGAGCUUCCACAACCCUCUGACCCAAGAGCACCUAGCCACGCUGCCUACCCGCUUCAACCCUACUGGAGUGCUCCCCGCUCUGGGCCUGGGCCAUGGCCGACUGAGGCUGCGCUGCGGCCUCCCGCCUCCCCCUCAUGUGUUCCUCAGUAAGGACUCUACCUACAGGGGACCUUGUAGGGCUGGUGGAGGCAGGUGGCGCAGGGAGAUUCCCUUCCAAUCUGUGAGGAAAGUGAUCCAGAAAUUUGAGGAGCUGGCUGUGUCGGACUCAGACUCAGGCCUGGUGUCCAGUUUUGGUUCGUCCUGCUUGACCUUGGCUUCCCUUCCAGAUCUGGGGAUUCCUGGGAUGUUUCCCUCUGGGCAAGCAGGAAAGGAAACGGGCUGAAUAAGAAGAGCUUCUGAAACUCUCCAAUGGGAGUGUCAGGGACACACACCUCUGAGUGGUUUGAUCCUUGGCUAUCAUUUGAAAGGCUAAUGUUUCAUCUUGAAGGACUUUUUUCUGCUUCUUUCCAAUCUCUGUGUGACCCUGGACCGGCAAUUGACUCUCUCCCCAGGACACAGCCCUUUCUCUCUACAAAACAACCCCCACUGGUUUGGGAUUGGGUCCGAAAGAGUCCUCUGUAAUGUGAAGUGUGAGGAAAGGGUGGGCUUUUAGCAGCGGGACUCCUUGAUUUGUCUCUGUGUGACGGUAGUCAGGCAGUAGGGGUCCUACAGUAGUAGUGUGCAUGUUCUUGUAUGUGUGUAUGUGGGCGCAAGCACUACCCAGAGUAUAUGCGUUUGCUCGGUCGCAUUUCGGUGUGCGUGUCAGCAAGCGGGAACGAUGUACAAGCGGCAAGGGGUGAGAUGACAAUGUGUGAGUACAGUGACACCAGCGGUGUUUACACAGAGCAGCGAGGACAGCUGGUGACGUACGUUUAUCCCGCGGCCUGCCUUCGAUAGAACAGUAGGCCUGCCCUUUUCUGACCCUUUGAAAACCACAGGAUGUCCCGAAUACUUCAAAAGGGGCGACAGGGAGCAGGAGAACAGAGUGGGAGAAAGAGAAAACAGCAUGCAUGAAUUAAAGACAGCAGGUGGUAAAAAAGAAAUGAGUUGAGAGAGGGAUUCCCACCAGCUUCCAUGUCAUGAAGCUCUGAAUAGAUCAACUGGCUCAGCCACACCGUCUGAGAUCUUGUUUUAAGGUGGUACUGAGCUACCAAAGCCACUACUUUACAUUAGAAGUGGUGAGAUUACAGUUUAGUGAUAGAGAUGCAUUAGUUGU